AUGGUUGACUAUUCAAGUAAAUUAUUUUUAGGAUUUGAUUUAUCGACUCAACAAUUGAAAAUUAUAGUCACUGAUGAAGAUUUAAAACCAUUAAAAACAUAUAAUGUUGAAUUUGAUUCUCAAUAUAAACUGAAAUAUGGUAUUCAUAAAGGUGUAAAAGCAAAUGAAGAAGAUGGAGAAGUAAUAUCACCAGUUUUAAUGUGGUUAGAUGCUAUAGAUUACUUGUUUACUCAAAUGAAACAAGAUGAUUUCCCAUUUGAUAAAGUUGUUGGUAUUUCAGGAUCUGGUCAACAACAUGGUUCAAUUUAUUGGUCACAUGAAGCGGAAAGUUUAUUGAAUAAUUUGAAACCAAAUCAAGAUUUAUCAAAACAAUUAACAAAUGCAUUUUCAUGGGAGUAUAGUCCAAAUUGGCAAGAUCAUUCUACAAAUUCAGAAGCUUCAGAUUUUCAUAAUGCUGUAGGAAAAGAGAAUUUAGCUAAAAUUACGGGUUCAAGAGCUCAUUUAAGAUUCACUGGUUUACAAAUUAGAAAAUUUGCAACAAGAUCGCAUAAAUCCGAAUAUGAAAAAACUUCAAGAAUUUCCAUUGUUUCAUCAUUUGUAACUAGUAUCUUAUUAGGUAAAAUUGCAAAUUUGGAAGAAAGUGAUGCUUGUGGUAUGAAUUUAUAUAAUAUUUCAAAAUCAAGUUAUAAUGAAGAUUUAUUAGCUUUAGCAGCAGGUGUAAAUUCUAAAAUUGAUAAAGUUGAUAAAUCAGAUCCAAUAUAUGAAAAAUCAAUAGAUGAAGUUAGACAAAAAUUAGGCGAUAUAACUCCAAUAACAUAUGAAUCAAGUGGUGAAAUUUCAAAUUAUUUUGUUGAAAGAUAUAAAUUUAAUAAAAAUUGUAAGAUUUAUUCAUUUACUGGUGAUAAUUUAGCAACAAUCUUGUCAUUACCUUUACAACCAAAUGAUUGUUUAGUUUCAUUAGGUACUUCAACUACAGUAUUAUUAAUUACGAAAAACUAUGAACCUUCAUCACAAUAUCAUUUAUUUAAACAUCCAACUAUGCCUGAACAUUAUAUGGGUAUGCUUUGUUAUUGUAAUGGAUCAUUAGCAAGAGAGAAAGCAAGAGAUGAGAUUAACAAGAAAUAUAAAUUGGAUCAAAAAUCAUGGGAUAAAUUUAAUGAAUUAUUAGAUUCACAAAAAGCUUUUGAUAAUAAAUUAGGUAUUUAUUUUCCAUUAGGUGAAAUUAUACCACAUGCACCAGCACAAACCAUAAGAGCAAUAUUAAAAGAUGGUGAAAUUGAAAAAUGUAAAAUUGGAGAUGAAUUUAAAAUUGAAGAUGAUGCUUGUGCAAUUGUCGAAUCUCAAACAUUAAGUUGUAGAUUAAGAGCUGGUCCGAUGUUAUCAAAAUCAGGUGAUGCUAACAAGGAAGAAAGUACAGACGAAAUAAAUGAAGCUUAUAAUAAAUUAAUUGAUACUUUUGGUCAAUUGAAAACUGAUGGUAAAGAUCAAACAAAAGAUUCAUUAAUAGCAAGACCAAAUAGAUGUUAUUACGUCGGUGGUGCUUCCAAUAAUUUAAGUAUUAUAAAUAAAAUGGGUUCUAUUUUUGGUCCAAUUAAUGGUAAUUAUAAAGUUGAAAUACCAAAUGCUUGUGCUUUAGGUGGUGCUUAUAAAGCAAGUUGGAGUUAUAAAUGUGAAGAAGAAAAGAAAUUUAUACCUUAUGAUGAUUAUAUUAAGAAAUUAUUUGAUACAAAUGAUGAAUUGAAAGAUUUAAAAUGUGAAGAUAAAUGGAUUGAAUAUUUUAAAGGUGUAGGAAUGUUGGCAAAAAUGGAAGAGACUUUAAUGGAAGUAGAUUAA